AUGUCAACUCCUGAUCCCCCAAUGGGAGGGACCCCCCGGCCCGGUCCCUCCCCAGGGCCAGGACCAUCUCCAGGAGGCAUGAUGGGCCCAAGCCCUGGUCCCUCACCGGGCUCAGCCCACAGCAUGAUGGGACCAAGCCCAGGACCGCCCGGAUCUGGACACCCCCAUCCGCCACAAGGACCCUCAGGAUAUCCUCAGGACAGCAUGCAUCAGAUGCACAAACAAAUGGAUCCCAUGCACGAUAAGGGAAUGCCUGAUGACCCUCGCUACGGUCAGAUGAAGAGUAUGGGCAUGAGGCCCGGUGGACACAGCGGGAUGGCCCCCCCACCCAGCCCAAUGGAUCAACAUUCCCAGGGUUACCCUUCUCCGUUGGGAGGUUCGGAGCACGCGCCCAGCCCCGUCCCAGCCAACGGCCCACCCUCGGGCCCCGGAGCCGGGCCAAUGGAAGGCACCGGGGACCCUGCUCAGAGUAUGGGCCAACCAAACAGGGGCGGACCCCAGGGUCCAGGUGGACCACCGGGUCCUGGUGUUGGACCAGGCGGUGCAGGUGGACCCACUCCUUUUAACCAGAACCAGUUACACCAACUCAGGGCCCAAAUCAUGGCCUACAAGAUGCUGGCUCGCAAUCAUCCCAUUCCAGAGCAUCUGCAGCUGGCCGUGCAGGGAAAGAGACCCAUGCCUGGGAUGCAGCAGCAGCCCAUGCCCAAUAUGCCGCCCUCCACUGGGCCUGGAGGGGGCCCAGGUGCAGGGGCGGGGCCAGCUCAGACCAACUACAACAGACCACAUGGUAUGGUAGGUCCCAAUAUGGCGCCACCUGGACCUGCGGGAGUUCCUCCCGGUAUGCAAGGCCAGCCAGCAAACGGACCUCCUAAAUCAUGGCCUGAAGGACCAAUGGUCAAUGCUGCUGCUCCAUCCAACCCUCCUCAGAAGCUGAUUCCUCCUCAGCCUACAGGCAGACCCUCGCCUGCUCCACCGUCCGUGCCUCCGGCUGCUUCCCCAGUAAUGCCUCCUCAGACGCAGUCCCCGGGGCAGCCGGCACAGCUCCCACCCAUGAUGCUGCACCAGAAGCAAAACCGCAUAACGCCCAUCCAGAAACCCCGCGGCCUGGACCCGGUUGAGAUCCUCCAGGAGAGGGAGUAUAGGCUACAAGCUCGUAUCGUUCACCGCAUCCAGGAGCUGGAGCACCUGCCCGGCUCACUGGCCGGCGAUCUGAGGACCAAGGCCACCAUCGAGCUCAAGGCUCUGAGGCUGCUUACAUUCCAGAGACAGCUACGUCAGGAGGUGGUGGCUUGCAUGCGUCGGGAUACGGCUUUGGAAACCGCCCUCAACGCUAAAGCCUACAAGCGCAGCAAACGGCAAUCUCUGCGAGAGGCCCGGAUCACAGAGAAGCUGGAGAAGCAGCAGAAAAUCGAGCAAGAGCGCAAACGGCGCCAGAAACACCAGGAAUACCUCAACAGCAUCCUGCAGCAUGCCAAGGACUUUAAGGAAUACCACCGCUCCAUCACAGCAAAGAUCCAGAAGGCCACCAAAGCUGUUGCCACGUAUCACGCCAACACUGAGCGCGAGCAGAAGAAGGAGAACGAGCGCAUUGAAAAGGAGAGAAUGCGGAGGCUGAUGGCGGAAGAUGAGGAAGGUUACCGUAAACUCAUCGACCAGAAGAAGGACAAACGUCUGGCCUACCUGCUGCAGCAGACAGAUGAAUACGUUGCCAACCUCACCGAGUUGGUGCGCGCCCACAAAGCUGCUCAAGCUCUCAAGGAGAAGAAAAAGAAGAAGAAAAAGAAGAAGCCUGACCCUGUAGAAGGCGGAGCUCCUGCUAUGGGACCUGAUGGAGAGCCACUAGAUGAAACUAGUCAGAUGAGUGACCUGCCUGUAAAAGUCAUCCACGUUGACAGCGGAAAGAUCCUGACGGGCGGUGAUGCACCCAAGGCAGGCCAGUUGGAGGCCUGGUUGGAAAUGAACCCUGGAUAUGAAGUCGCACCUCGUUCAGACAGUGAGGACAGUGGAUCGGAAGAAGAAGAGGAGGAAGAUGAGGAGGAAGUGGAUGAGCAGCCGCAGCCUGCAUCGGCUCCAACUGAGGAGAAGAAGAAGAUUCCAGACCCUGAUAGCGAAGACGUCUCAGAAGUGGAUGUCCAGCACAUCAUCGAGAAUGCCAAGCAGGACGUAGAUGACGAGUACGGCAAUGCAAAUUUCAACCGAGGCCUGCAGUCCUACUACGCCGUGGCUCACGCCGUCACCGAGAAAGUGGAGAAGCAAUCCUCCCUGAUGGUCAACGGGACGCUGAAACAGUACCAGAUUAAAGGUCUGGAGUGGCUGGUGUCGCUCUACAACAACAACUUGAACGGCAUCCUUGCCGAUGAAAUGGGUCUGGGGAAAACUAUCCAGACCAUCGCACUUAUUACAUACCUCAUGGAGUUAAAGCGCAUCAACGGGCCCUUCCUCAUCAUCGUACCUCUUUCGACUUUAUCGAACUGGGUUUACGAGUUUGAUAAAUGGGCUCCAUCUGUGGUGAAGGUCUCCUACAAGGGCUCUCCAGCCGCUCGCCGCUCGUUUGUUCCGAUCUUGCGAAGCGGAAAGUUCAACGUGCUGCUCACCACGUACGAGUACAUCAUCAAAGACAAGCAGGUCUUGGCUAAGAUCCGCUGGAAGUACAUGAUUGUGGAUGAGGGUCACCGCAUGAAGAACCACCACUGCAAGCUGACUCAGGUCCUGAAUACGCACUACCUGGCCCCGCGGCGUCUGCUGCUGACCGGAACCCCACUGCAGAACAAGCUGCCAGAACUCUGGGCUCUGCUCAACUUCCUGCUGCCCACCAUCUUCAAAAGCUGCAGCACCUUCGAGCAGUGGUUCAACGCUCCCUUCGCCAUGACUGGAGAAAAGGUGGACCUGAAUGAAGAAGAGACCAUCCUGAUCAUUCGACGUUUACACAAGGUACUCCGACCGUUCUUGUUGCGUAGACUCAAGAAAGAAGUGGAGGCCCAGCUGCCAGAAAAGGUGGAGUACGUGAUCAAGUGCGACAUGUCGGCCCUGCAGAGGGUUCUGUACCGACACAUGCAGGCUAAAGGAGUUCUACUAACAGAUGGGUCAGAAAAAGACAAGAAGGGUAAAGGUGGAACGAAGACCCUGAUGAACACUAUCAUGCAGCUGAGGAAGAUCUGCAACCACCCCUACAUGUUCCAGCACAUUGAGGAGUCCUUUUCUGAGCAUCUCGGGUUUUCUGGUGGAAUCGUGACGGGUCCUGAGCUGUAUCGUGCGUCCGGAAAGUUUGAGCUUCUGGAUCGCAUUCUGCCCAAGCUAAGAGCCACCAAACACAAAGUGCUGCUUUUCUGUCAGAUGACCUCGCUAAUGACCAUCAUGGAGGACUACUUUGCUUACCGCAACUUCAAGUACCUGCGUUUGGAUGGAACGACCAAAGCAGAAGACCGCGGCAUGUUGCUGAAAACAUUCAACGACCCAGCCUGCGAGUACUUUGUGUUCCUGCUGAGCACCAGGGCUGGAGGUCUGGGCCUGAACCUGCAGUCUGCCGACACGGUCAUCAUCUUCGACAGCGACUGGAACCCUCACCAGGAUCUGCAGGCCCAAGACAGAGCCCACCGUAUCGGGCAGCAGAAUGAGGUCCGAGUGCUCCGCCUGUGUACCGUCAACAGUGUGGAAGAAAAGAUCCUGGCGGCGGCCAAAUACAAGCUGAACGUGGACCAGAAGGUCAUCCAGGCAGGCAUGUUCGACCAGAAGUCCUCUGGCUAUGAGCGGCGGGCCUUCUUACAGGCCAUCCUGGAGCACGAGGAGCAGGAUGAGGAGGAGGAUGAGGUACCGGAUGAUGAGACUGUCAAUCAGAUGAUUGCAAGAAGUGAAGAAGAGUUUGAACUUUUUAUGCGAAUGGACCUGGACAGACGCCGCGAAGACGCGCGCAACCCAAAGAGGAGACCACGUCUGAUGGAAGAGGACGAUAUGCCCGGGUGGAUCCUAAAAGACGACGCCGAGGUAGAGAGGCUGACCUGCGAAGAGGAGGAGGAGAAAAUGUUUGGCCGGGGUUCUCGUCAGCGCAAAGAGGUGGACUACAGCGACUCGCUGACUGAGAAACAGUGGCUCAAGGCCAUCGAAGAAGGUAACCUGGAGGAUAUAGAAGAGGAAGUGCGACACAAAAAGACAACGAGAAAACGCAAGAGAGACCGCGACCUCGAUGGCGGCAUGGCUACACCGAGCUCCAGCAGCCGAGGGCGGGACAAGGACGACGACGGGAAGAAGGCAAAGAAACGCGGCCGCCCGCCUGCAGAGAAGCUCUCCCCCAACCCGCCGUCUCUCACUAAGAAGAUGAAGAAGAUUGUAGAUGCUGUCGUCAAAUACAAGGACGGUAACGGCCGACAGCUGAGCGAAGUCUUCAUCCAGCUGCCGUCUCGCAAGGAGCUGCCGGAGUACUACGAGCUCAUCCGCAAGCCGGUGGACUUCAAGAAGAUCAAGGAGAGGAUCCGCAGCCACAAAUACCGCAACCUGAACGAUCUGGAGAAGGACGUAAUGCUGCUGUGUCAGAACGCCCAGACCUUCAACCUGGAGGGCUCUCUGAUCUACGAGGACUCCAUCGUGCUCCAGUCCGUCUUUACGAGCGUGCGGCAGAAAAUCGAGAAGGAGGACGAAAGCGAGGGAGAGGAGAGUGAGGAAGAGGAGGAGGAGAUAGACGAAGGCUCUGAGUCUGAAUCUCGUUCGGUGAAGGUGAAGAUCAAACUCAGCCGGAAAGAAAAGGGGGAGCGAGGGGGGAAGGGCCAGAGGAGGAGGGGCCGAGGCUCCCGGGCCAAACCUGUGGUCAGUGACGAUGACAGCGAGGAAGAGCAGGAGGAGGAUCGAUCAGCCAGUGGCAGCGAGGACGAUUGA